AUGUUUGUUGGCUCAAGACGACCAUCAAAAACUGAUUCAAAUAUAGAAAAGUAUGUUCAACAAUUGGUUAGUACAAUUUAUGCUAAAACAAAUGAAAUUGAACAAACAAAAUCGAUAAAUGUCAUUGAACAUAAACUUUCAUCUCGUACGAUGUCAAAACGUUUACGAACACAAACAUUACGCCCAAAAAUAAAUAUUCAACCAACACAUAGACGAAAAACGAUCAUACCAAUUUCUAAUAAUGGAAUUCGUGCAAAAAAAUCACCACAAAGUAAUUCACCAAAUCCUCUAUUAGAUAAUAUUGUUAAUCAAAUUGUUAGUAAUAUAAUAACAAUAACGAAUAAAAAAGAAUUAGAAAAACAACCAUCAACAAUAUCUACUGUUCCAUCGUUACCAUCACCAUCAAAUGAAUCAUCUAAAAUAUUUUCCUACAUGUGUCCUAUCUGUUAUAAGGCUUUUGAACAAUCAUAUUAUUUACGUACACAUUUUUUUAAUUUUCAUCAGAUUCAAAAACCGUUUGUUUGUCAAUAUGAUUGUUGUUUAUCAUCAAAUGAUUUAAAUAAUGAUUAUUUACAACAUUUAUGUAAAAAUCAUUCGGAUAAUCCACUUUUAUUAUCAACAUUAUUAUCUUAUCGUUUAAAACAACUUAUUAAUGGUUUUUUACGAAAAUCUGAUAAUUCUUAUAAUAGAAUAAUGAAAACAAUUGAAGAUAAACAAACUAGAAGUGAAUUAGAAACUAUGUUAACGAAAAAUUUUAAUGGAAUUAGUAGUGAUUCCUAUUCCUAUCGUACAAAUGUAUCUAAUUUGGAUAAUUUAUGUCUAACAAUUGAUGCUCGUAUAGUAUAUCGUAAAUAUUUUGCCAAAAUUCCCUUGCCAUUAACAGCUGAUCAAUUAAAACCACAUAUAGGUCUCAAUUAUUAUCAAUGCAAAUUAUGUUCAAGUAUAUUUCGUUUAUAUUCCGCUUGUCAAGAACAUAUUAAAAAUAUUCAUACAUUUUCUAAAUGUCGUACAUGUUUACAUUGUCAUGAAUUAAUUAAAACAACAAAUAAUAACAAUGAAAAAUAUCGACAACAUUUAAUUACAUGUCCAACAUUAACUCCAGCAAGUGACAUUAAUCAGAAUAUUGGAGAAAUGAAAAUGGAUGAAGUCAUAACAUCAAAUCUUAAUUCGAUGACUUCGUCUGAUAUUGAAUCCGAUAAAUGCUUGUAUAAAUCUCGUGCAGAACAGUCAGCAUUAUUACCAGUAAACAAAACUUUCUACUUUGAUUUACAAAAACAUCAGGAAGAAGAAAUGAAUAUAAACAAUAAAAAACGUUGUUCAAAUAAAUCAAUUCCUUCACCAAGUAAAAAACGUAAACAAUUAUCAGAUUUGACCAUACUAAAAGUAGUCGAAGAUGUUGAUAAUCCACCAUCAUUUUUACAACGUAUUUCGUUAGAUCAAAUAUGUUCAAGACUUGUUAAAGGUAUCGAUAUUAAAAAUGAACAGUGUAUGAAUGCGUCUGAUCUACUCGAACAAUUAGUUGUACAAAAUAAACCACUAACAAGGUUAUACUAUUAUACAUGCAUCGAUUGUGUAACAACAUUCCCUGAUAUAUUAACAGCAUUAAAUCAUUUAUUAUUAUUUCAUUUACCAAAAUGUUGUGUAUGUGCAAAAUGUUUAGCGAAAUUUGGUCAUUCACAAAUAAAAUCUGGAUUAAUAAUAGAUCAUUUGAUUUUAUGUGAAACAAAUAAUCAGAUAAAUAUAUCAUUUAUGAAAUUAAUCAAUAAAAAAUUAAGUGAACAACAACAAGAUAAUCAACAACAACAUUCAUCAACGGCAUUGUUAAUGCGUCAGAAUAAAAAGAAUAAACAACUGCUAACAAGAACAACACUUGACAAUCAAUCGAUGAACAAUGCAUGGAGUAGUAAUAGUAGUACCGCUGUUGUUUCUAACGAAGAUGUUCAAUUACCACCAGUUAAAUCAGUAAUUAUUCCCUUUAAUGAUGUUACUAAAAAACAACAAUAUGAGAAACAAUUAUUAUGUGAUAUUGAUACUGACGUGAUUUGUUCGUUAUGCUUAUUGAAAUUUUCAACAGAUAUCGACUUAAAAACGCAUAUAACAAAGAGUCAUUUAAUUCACAACUGCAUAUUAUGCUCAAAAAUUGACAAAGAGGAUGAACAGUUUAUUGGUUCAACAUCUUAUCAUGAUCACUUAAUCUCGUCUCAUUCAUCAAAAUCGACACCAUUUUACCGUUGUUAUUUAUGUUCGGUCAAGUUCGAAUUAAUGUCUCAAUUAUGUUUACAUUUACAAAAAGUCUGUUUAUCACAAUGUCAACGUUGUGAUUUGUGUCAGCAGUCAGAACACGUCAAUUUUUCAACACCAAUUGAUUUAUUUCAGCAUAUUAUCCAAGAACAUCAAAACAUCAUUCAACUUUAUCAGCAAUGCCCUGUAUGUCUAGCCGAUGUUGACAAAGCUAAUUUAAAACAACAUUUUGAACAUGAAACAUGUCAGCACAAAAUAAAAACAGAACCAAUCGAGUAUUCUAGUGGCAGUUUAGUCAUGUUAAUUAAAGUUUAUUGCACAUUAUGUAAACAGAUAUUAACUUUAAGUAGUUUAGACGAUAUUCAAAGACAUUUAUGUUCAAAUGAACAACUAUUUACGAAUACCGGUUCAAUGACUGAAUUGAUUAUCGAUUCUGUGUGUUCAGUAGCUAAUGAAACUUUUAUGGAUAGUGAUAUAAGUGAAGAUAUGAAUGUAUUAUUACCGCAAACAUUUUCAUUGUCAUUGAUCCCAUCAGCUGGAUGUUCGAAAGAUCUAACAUUUGUUGAAAAUGAACAAGCAAUUAAUAGUCAAAUAAAUAAAGAAACCGCAACUACGGUGAACAAUACUACUGAUUUCGACGAAGUGAUAUUAAUAGAGUCAAGUACCGUAGAAGAAAAAAAUGCAUGUAUACCAUUAAAAACUGUUGUAUCAAAAAGAAAAGCAAAAUCCAAUCCAUCAUCUUGUUCUAAUGUUAGUGUUAUAUCGCGCCAUGGAAGAAUAAGAAAGCCAACAUCAAAACAACAGAGUCUAUCACUAUUGCUUCGUCACAAUAGUGUGAAGAAGUGCUUAAAAAAAAAUAAUAUCGAUGAAAAACAACUUCUGCCAUCACCUCCACCAACAACUGAACCAAAACUAAUAACAGAAAAGUUAUUGGAGAAACGAGAUUCAAUAACAACAAUAAUUACGAAUGAACGGGCUAUAUUAGCAUGUGAAACAUUAAUAACACCAACAACACCAAUAACAGCAACAAGUCUACAAACUUCACCAACAUCCACAAUAACGCCGUCAACAACAGUAAGCAAGACACAACUAUAUGUUGAUGAUGAGAAUCAAAAACGUUUAUUUGAUGAAAAAUCGUCGUUAUUGUCGAUGUUACCAGCGUGUAAUAAUAUAAAUAUAAACAAUAAUAUUUUCAAUAAUGUAUCCUGUACUCAAUCCACUUCGCCGGUCAUAAAUCCUGUUUUAUUGAAAUUAAUGACGUCCUCUCAUUCACAACAAUUUUCACCGCCUGUAACGACAACUCCAGCAAUACCAACAUUGGAUAAUACUGCUCUAAUGAAUCUUCUUCAAUCAUCGACAAACGAUAUUUUGUCAAAAACAAUUGCUGCAUCAUUAUUGCUCAAUAUGAAUACAAAUACAGCAGAUAUACCAGCUCAACCACAACAACAACAGAGUGCUACUAAUAAUGGUUUGGUGUUACAAUUACCACCAUCAUUUUUCCAAAAUGUACAAACAAACGGUUUAGAAUUAAAACUUCUUUUACCUAUGAAUAAUGAUAAUUCUUGA